GAGUUGCAUAAACCAGUAUAACUGAUAAGUAUGAAAAUGCAUUUAUCAUAUAGUACAAGUUUUCCAUAGAAAUUAAGAAUAUUGAUGAGAAGAACUAGAGUAUUUUUAAAGCUUAUGUACUUAAUAGAUUGUUAGGUUUUGACAAAUGUUUUUGAGACGGACCCUAACAUUUGUUGGAAAAAGAGCAGUAUAGAAAAGGCCCUUGUAGGACAACCCGGGGUACCACGCUUUGUGAGUGUUGUAAUCAAUGCGGAUACAUUUUACAAGACUAGUGUUGUAUUAGACAAUAUUUUAAAGUCUGGAGUGGAGAUUGAGUCUUAAAGGUGAGAGGAUUGUAGGUAAUGGGAAUGGACUUUUUUUUUAGCCUGCGAGAAUUUUCAUUGUCAGGCUCAGUAUAGCUGCUCUUAGUCUUAUAGGUGACUGCAAUGGAAAUACCAUUUCUGAGCUAUUGCUCAAUUAUGUAAUUUUUUACAACUUCUUUAUGUUUGCGUUUUGACCUAGUAAACAUUAUUUUACUGUUUUGGGUACACUUUGAAAGUGUUGGUGCAGUGACCUUCGCAAAAGGUCUGGUGAGAUGCAUUUUUCUUCCUGAGCAGCUUGCAGCAAGAUUGACCUCUUCAUAGCCCCUAUCCUUAAAAUUAACUAGGUGACAUAGCUUUAUGAUAUUAAGUUAUUAUCCCACCACGGUUCAUGUGGUGGCUGCUUCAAGCCUUGUUGGGGUCAGUAAUCUGGUUCUGCGGUUUCUGUCACUGCAUAAAUUUUCCAAUUUUUCUUCAUGGGCAGCAUUGUACACUUUUUCAGAGUCCCUAUUCCUAGAGUUCAUUAAAUGCAGGACACACUCUUAUGUAGUUGUUGCUUUAUUAAAAUUAAUUUAUGGCUGCUUCAAAUCUCAUUUGGACUUGGACUUGUCUGUUCUGUCAAGGCAUACGAGACCUUUCUGUGGAGAAGUAGUAGAGGCCUUUGUGUGUAAUAUUUUUUUUUUUUAUAUACACACACUAAUGUUCACAAAGGUUGCUAUCUGUCUUUUCUAGCCCAGCAGAUUUUUCUAAUGUGAAGUUUUUGUCUUGUAAGAGACUGCUCAGUAACUAUUGCUUCUGUCAGGGGAAUGUCAAACUACAGGCACUUUUCGUUUAAACCUUAUUUUCCUAUAACGAAAGGGUGUCGCUUUGAAAUAGUAACAUGUUCAUGCCAAAAGUUGCAGCAGGAUCUAAUUUUGUAGUAGUUUUUUUUUGUUUUGUUUUUUUUUUCUAGAGAAUGUUAAUUGGGAGGAACACCUCCAUUAUAUGGUGUCCAUUGGCAGCUCCUCUUACAUACACAGAACCAGAUUGUUCAGGAAGGAUUAUCAGUUCAUUCUGUCUGUCAGAAUUUAAACUGGUUAAGAAGGUUACCAGGCUUACCUUUUCUGUAUGGUUAGCUUAUUUCUGUGCAUUUUCCACGAUAAACAUGGCAGUGCCAUGUCAGGUAUUUGUGUUGCAGCAUCUUGAUCUUCAGCAACACUUCUGCAAGACGCACAUUUAAUAAUCACAUCUUAUUCCAGAUUGUCUUUUUGGCCAUGGAGGCAUGGAGAGCAGGAGUAUAUUCACAGGCCAGUGACUACCCCAAAGAUUUGUGAGUGGUGGGAUCUGUCCUGUUUGUAACACAGAUCUUUUGUACAAAACUUAAGUAGUUAACAUAACGGACGUGUAAUAGAGAAGUUCACCCUCCGUAACAUCCCCAUCCUUCAUUUCCCCACUCUUGUCAUGCUGCUUAUUCUACAUUAUUUCUGUGGUAUUUUCCAUCCUCACACUAAGUGCAGGACAGGAGAGAGAAGUAUAUAUGCUGCAUAGUGGGGAAAGGGAGAUGUGGCUGGUAUUCUGGCAAAGUUUAACAAGCUGCAGGCAGUUCUGACACCUGUGGCUCCUGUCAUAUUUGGUACUAAAGAAAGAUCCCCAUCUUACAUCUGUUGCUAUGGUGGGAACGUGGCGUUCAUUUUCUUGCCUAUUCUUCCUUGGUACUAUGCAAAUUAAAUGCAUUGCUUGUCCUGCCAAGAUUUUUCAUUGCAUUUUCACCUGCAACGUGUUUGUUGUUAGCCAACUAAAGUGUAGGGACUUUUCACUCUUCACGGCUCUGUAGAGGAUCUCAAGGGAUUCUUUAGCCCUCUGCUAGCUGGCUGUAGAAGAUGCUACACUUUUCUCCGCAAUUUAGUGUAAUGAGGAAGUCAGAGUGAACCUUCUCAAUGGAGAUAGUCACUCCCUCAGCGCCAUAUUGACCUUGGCAGGUACUGUUGUCUCUAUUGCUGCCUUAUCUUCUGGAGAAUCUACUUUUCCUGAGGUCAGUGAAGAAUUUGUAGUUCAGUCUUUUGAUUCAGUUAGAUGUUCACUUGCUGCACCUCACUGCUUGCAUCUGUACUCUUUGCUCCCCCAAAGUCUAGUACUGCAAAAACACACACAAGUGGUGCAUUUUUCUUGUGUUAGGCCAAAGGGUUAGAGUCCUCGCUCUGUCUCUCUCCAGUUUCUGCAGGUUUUGACUGCCUUACAGUAGUUCAUUUGGCUAGUUUAAUUUUUAACUUGUACCAGAUUUAAGUUGGCUCUUCAGUGAUAUCUCUGAAAGUGUCAGAAGCCUUUUGUAAGGUACCUUUUUCACUUUGAUUUCCAUUGCAUGAGUUAGUGCCUCAUCACAGCUUGAAUUUUAUUUUGGAGAAGCUUAGUUGGUCUCAUUUGAAACUUGCUGCUCUGUCUGAAUGUGGAGUGCCUGUCUUGAAAGACUGUCUUAUUGGCUAGAACAUGAGAAGAAUCUGAACUGCACACUUUUUGUCCAUAGAUCCUUCAUGUUUGUGCUUUAAUUCAGAGAGAGUAAUGCUGAGAACUAACCAAUUUUUUAUGCCUAAAGUGGAUUAUACCAGGCUGUUCAUUUGCCAGUUUCCUUUCCUGAAUAUUCCUGCCACAAGGAGUACUUGUUAAAAUGAGUACUUGUUUGCAGGCAGUUAAGAUUAUUUAGGCAGGUCCAAGUCCCUUUGGAAGUAUUCACACCUGUCUCUCUCUUGAUAAUAAAUCCGUAGGUCAAAAGCUUUCAGAAAUUAAACGUGUAAGGUGGCUUUCUCUGUGCUGCAUUAAACUCUGUGUUUGAAAGGCAAACCCUUGCUUGAACUUCCCAAAGUGCAUUCUGCUAGAGGCAUGGUUACAUCAUUUCUUUUCUAGGAUGUUAAUGUAGAUGACAUUUUGUGCUGCAGCUGUUUUGGUCAUCCUUAAAUAUCUUUGUGAAGCAUUACAAACUGGACCUGGUGUCUAGGUGUGGGUCCCCUUUGGGGGGCAGUAAUUUUCAAGGGUGUAUUGUCAUAGGUUCUGUGAUUCUGUCCUACUCCUGUACAGAGAAUUGAUACAUCACUGUUUAAGUUUUGCACUUAAUGUGAUAAUAGUGAGUUUAUUGUCCAUGAUAACCCAGCUCACCUUUUCCCACUUUGGUAGGGUUUAUGCGUUUUUGUUGUGCCUUAUUUUACAGUGGCUAUGUCAAACAAGGAGAUAAGGAAGUUACUGUGGGGAUGGGGUGGUUUUUGGAAGCCUGUGAAAGUUUGGAGUGCUACAUGGGUUUCCAGAGCCUGCAGCCUUAGUCCAACAGGCUGUGUAGUAUGGACUAUCUCCUACAAGUCUGUUAUGGCUAAGUAUAUAACUUUAAUUUUGUACAAACUGCCACCCUUAUGCCAUUCUUUUGAGGGAACAUUACAAAAUAGACUAUUUUCACAACCCACUUUUCUUCAUUUGCCCCUUUAUUAGCAGUGGGUUUUAAACUGUGUAUUUGUAGCCAAGUGUGCUUGGUAGUAGGAUCAUUGUAGUGAUGCACUCCCUCAUGUGAAUUCAUGUUCAGUCGUUUUUGAUGUGGAGAGCUUACGUUGGAAUGUGGUGGAAUAAAAAACUGCAAAUAUGUUUAUCUUGACUGCCAACUGACCAACAACAGUUUGAACUUUAUAUGAAGCACAGGCAUUGGAUUCUUUUUUGUACUAGAAAAUGGAGCUGUGUCUAAAGUAUUUCUACUCGUCUGUAGAACUUUUCAGUUAUCACUGAUUUUCAAAGAGUUAUAGUAAUUUUAGACCAAAUGUGUGUAGAUGUGUUUUUUUCACCAAGCUGUCUGGCUUCAGUUUAUACAUUAUGCGGGAGACCACUAUUCAAAUUUGAGAUGUUUUAUAACUGAACCUCCUUAAUUUGCAUGCAUGUGCAAUUAUUUCCAAUAUUUGUAUGUGUGUGUGUGUGUUUCUCUACCACAUAAUCCAGAACUUAUUUCCUCAGCCGAAUGACUAGGUAUCGAGCUUAGUCAAGGUUUUUCCUCCAGAGGAGACAAGUUGAUUUGACGACGAAUUCUCCAGCGAAGUGGUGACUAACAGAACGAAGCAAGAAACUUUUCGUCCAAAUGGUUCUUUCGGAUAGGUAUGACGGAAGAGGUCACCUGCAUGAUCUCUCUGAGUAUGAUGCAGAGUACACUUCUUGGAACAGAGAUUACCAGCUUACUGAAGAAGAAGCUAGAAUAGAUGCCCUUUGUGAUGAGGAGAGGUAUUUAGCCUUACACACGGACUUGCUUGAGGAGGAAGCAAGGCAAGAGGAAGAAUAUAGGCGACUAAGUAUGGCACUGGCAGAUGAAGGAAGCUAUAACGAAGUGGGCUUUAUGUACACCAGUGACUAUUAUGAUCCUUCACAGCCAACGGAAGAGGAAGAUUCACAAAAAGAAACUGCGGAACCAGAAACUUCUGCACACUAUGAAGAGCCAUUUGUUGCCCCAGCAGGACUUCGUGUACCACCUGAUGUGGAACUUCCUGCAACAGUGAAAACACAUGCCAUCAUAGAGCGCACAGCAAAUUUUGUAUGCAAACAAGGGACGCAGUUUGAGAUCAUGCUGAAAGCAAAACAAGCCAAUAAUUCUCAGUUUGAUUUCCUGAGGUUUGAUCAUUAUCUCAAUCCGUACUAUAAGUACCUUCUUAAAGUCAUGAAAGAGGGGCGAUACACUCCUUUUGCAGAGAAGCCAGAAGAGAAAAGUAAGCCACCUAGUGAUGAUGAUGAUGAGGAGGAAGAUGAUGGUGAAGAUUGUGGUUAUCUGCAUCCAAGUCUUUUUGCUUCUAAAAAGAGUUCCAGGCUUGCAGAAAUUAUGAAGCCAUUGACGAUAGUGGAUCCUGAUCACCCACUUGCAGAACUGGUGCGUAAAACUAAGAGUGAGAGAGAACAGGCUGCUCUGCAAGCAGCAGAAAAUGCAGCUGCACAGGCAGCUCAGAUGGAUAAUUCUACUGACCCUUCAGUUGCUACUGUGUAUUACAGCUACUACAUGCUGCCUGAUGGAACAUACUGUCUUGCUGCACCUCCACCUGGCAUGGAUGUUGCCACUUACUACAAUGCCCUUCCUGCAGGAAUGACUGUAGCAGCUACUACAGGGGUUGCAACUGCCACAUCCACUGUCACUGCGACAACAUUGGCUGCAGACCCAGCCAGUAUUGAUAAUGGAGAAGCUCCUUCUUUUCCUGUUGCAAGUACCCUUGCUCCUGUGGCAGCUAUUAUCCCUCCUCCACCUGAUAUUCAGCCUGUGAUUGACAAGCUGGCUCAGUAUGUUGCCCGAAAUGGAAUCAAAUUUGAAACCAGUGUUCGUGCCAAGAAUGAUCCAAGGUUUGAGUUCCUGCAGCCAUAUCAUCAGUAUAAUGCUUAUUACGAGUUCAAAAAGCAGCAUUUUGCACAGAAAGAAGGGCUUGUCAUCUCACAGGUUGUAACGCCACCACAUGUCUCAGAUGAGGAAGCUAGCAGGAGUCCACAAAUCGACGUGCCUGAAGAAUCCCUAGAAGAAUCUGAAGAUGUAGCAGAAGAACAGAUAGACACCGACACCGUGCCUUCCUCUACUAAACCUGCUUCUGAUGGCAAGUUAGUAAAAGCCUCAUGUGGUCCAAUAAGUUUUGCAAUUAAGGCCAAAGAAAAUGAUAUGCUACCUCUGGAAAAAAACAGGGUUAAAUUGUAUGACGACAGUGAAGAGGAGGAUGGGGAAGGAAAUGAAGGUCAGGAAAAUGGUAAUGCUACAACAAACAAAGAGCAAGCUCCUGCAGCACCUUCUGUUGUAGAGGAGAAGAAACCAUCACCAACUCUGGAAGAGUUGGAAGCUAGACAAGCUAAACAGAAACUUGAAGAUAAACUUGCAGCAGCAGCAAGAGAAAAGUUGGCACAAGCUGCAAAAGAGUGUAAAGAGAAGCAGUUGCAAGCUGAACGUAAGAGGAAAGCAGCACUUUUUCUUCUGAAUCUGAAACCUGUAUUAUCAGAGAUGGACUAUGGAAAGGCAGAAGAGAACAUGGUUGUUGAAGAGGUUAGCAUGAAUGUAGUGCACAGUCUGCAGCCUCGAAGUGUGUCUUUAAGAGAGAUGCCACCAUAUGCUGCUGGUAUUCCUGGAGCACGAGAUCGCACUGCAGCUCUGUCACGGCACAAGACACAUGGCACAAAGAAGGACGCUGCCUGCACAGUGGAAUCCAGCAUUGUGUCAUCAAGGGAGCAGAAUGGAGAAAAGGUUAGUUGUAGUAGCACACCUUCCACUUCAACCUUUGUGGGAAAAGUUGGACCUGCUGCAGAACUUAAAACAUUAGAUAGGCCAGCAAGUAAAAGUAAAGGAUCUAACAAGGAACAUGAAAAAGAGAAGAAGAAAAAGAAGCACAAAAAAAGAUCCCGUUCAAGGUCACAUUCUCGUAAAAAAGAUUCACAUUCUAAGCAUAGUUCACCAUCAAGGUCUCGAACAAAAUCGAAGCACUCACUUCCUAGUGCUUAUAGAACAGUUAGGGUUUCAAGGUCACGGUCCAGGUCACCGAGUAAGAAGAGAACACGUUCUGUGGAAAGACGACAUGAAGAGAAGGAAAGACUCCGAAAUAUGCCAUCUUCAUACCGUACUGGCAACAGUCCAGUCCGCAGUAAAAAGCACUCACGGUCAAGAUCUCCAGGUGAAAAAAAGAAAAAGAAGCGCACAGGAUCACACAGCAGAUCAAAGCCCAAGUCGCGGUCACAAACUCGCUCCCCUUCACCACAGCAGUAUUCAAAUAAGAAUUCUGGGCACUCAGCAAGUAUAUCUCCUGUGGAGAGCAGGGAAUCAAGCCAAGAUCGCUCCAGGGGGGGGUCUCAGGAAAAAGAUGAAGUGUCUUCAGCCAUUGUUUCGUCAGUACAAAGUAAAAUUACUCAGUAUUCUCUUCCAAGACCAUCCAUUCCAAUCCAGUGGCCGGAGAGCUUUCAAAUUCUCCACUACUUUGACCUUUACUCAAGUGUCUCAAAGAUUAUGAUUGGACCCUGGUGAUUUAUCGUACACAUCUUCAUCAACCUUUCUGCCUAGACUAUGGAAAUUCAGAGCUGUUUUCUUUACUGUUUGAUUUAACCUGUGUAUGUCGAACACCACAUAAAAUGAUCCACAUGGUGUUUCAUCUGACCAUCUGCAUUUGUUAUAUGGCAGUUCUCAAUCCCUUUUUUUCUUCUCCAUGUGGGUAGUCUUGGUGAUUGAUUUCGUUAGGGGACACAGUCAUAGCGCACACGUGUUGGUGGUGCCAACUUCAUUAACAUCCCAAUGGGGCUGUCAGUUAAGCCUUGUUGCUCUGUUUUAAAGGUUAUCCCUUUUUGUUUAAAGGGGAAGUGGGAAGCCAAGUACCAAAAUCAGAGACGUUUUGUAAAUGUCAUUUUAAUUCUGUUAGGGUAAUAGAACAGCAGUAUGUAUUUUUUUGGUAACUAUUAUUGUAUCAUUUGUAAAUAAUAGAAAAUCUGAAACACUAUUGUCUAGCAUUACUAACUCACUGUCAGCUGCCAGAUGACCACCAGCUGCUGCCACCCCGCUGUACAUAGUUUUAAGUUCCAUGCAGUCCUGUUGUGGGGGGAGGGGGACGUUAUCUGUUUUAUUUUGUCAUUUCAAGAUCAGUAGGUUUCACACACAAGUGAACUUCUUGAACAGUGAGAGGUGUUAAUUUAUUAUGGCUGACACAUUACUGACACCCCCCCCCCCCCAAAUAAAAGUUUUAUGAGAGGCAGGGCAGAAGUUAGUCAAAUCCAGAGAAACUUUAGAGGUAUAUCUGCUCCAAGAAAAAA